AUGUCACCUCUGAGCGCGUUCGUUGCCAGCCUUGGUCUCGUUAGCCUGGGUUCAGCUGCAAUUCUUCCAAAUUUUAACACAUACCCCGGUCAUGAUGUGGCUGUGGAAGCUCGUACAAUGGAUGAGAUAUAUGCUGCUGCAAAGAAUGAAUCUGGUGAACUGGUUGUUCUCUGGGGUGGAGACGCUGUUAGUCAGGGAUAUCCUACCGUUGCUGCGUGGGAGGCUCGGUUUCCCGACGUGAAGCUCAACUUGACAGUAGAUGUAUCGAAAUACCACGAUAGCCGAGUAAAUCGGCAAUUUCAGCGUGAUGGCACCGAUGGUGCUGACAUUGCUGUUCUGCAAACUCUGCAUGAUUAUGGUCGCUGGAAGCGCGAAGGACGGCUUCUUCCAUACAAGCCUUCCAAGUGGGAAGACGUUUAUUCAUCGAUCAAGGAUCCAGUGGGUGCUUUCACGGGAAUGUACAUCUAUCAGUUUGGUAGCUUCGUUUACAACAACGAGUCACUGAAAGCUUCUGAAAUUCCCGAAACCUAUGAAGGAUUAUUGGACCCUUUCUGGAAAGACAAGCUCGUUCUAACCCAGCCAAAUGACGACGAUGCGAUUACCUACUUGUUCUCAAUCAUUAUUGAGAAGUAUGGUUGGGAAUGGUUUGAGGGCCUACAGAAACAAAAUGUGAAGUGGGUUCGUGGAACAGGCGAGCCUGCGAAUUAUGUGGCCGAGAAGAACUCCUCUCGUGUUCUUUACUUCACCACUAAUGUUAUUACCGCCGAAAAUAUUGCCCAAAAGUCUGUGGAUGAUACUCGCAUCCUUUGGCCUCAAACUGCCGCGAUCUUCGCCACCACGCCCCGCCCGGAAAGCUCCAGGCUAUUCAUGAGCUGGUUACUCAGUGACGAGUACCAGCAACAGUUCAUCGACAAUGGCAGUUUUCUCUCUCGAAAGGACUUGGUCUCAAAGUCCAGGAGCGUGUGGAAUGAACCUUUCACUGCCCUUACCCAGUUCUCCACAUUCAUGGAAAUCCGUGACCUUGUCGAGUGGUGGAGACUCCAGUUCGAAACUCCCAUUGGGGUUGCCAUUGGAGUGAGUCCUGUUGACUCUUUCUAUGGGGGAAUCCACGCUUGA